CGUGGGUGACCGUUGCAUAUUUAUCGUUAUUUUCUCGUGUUUCAUUGCUCCUAGACUAUUGAAACUAAGCACAGAUAAACUUCAAGUACUCAGGAAUAUCCCAGACGAGUGGCAACGCCUGUGAAUGUAAGGAAAGCGUUGAAAAAAAGGAAAAAUAUGAAAUGGGUGUCUGAGUUUGAAAAAUGGAGGGGGCGGAUGCAGCGUUCGCGUUGAAAGUUUUAUAAUAAUUGCUAAAUACUCGCGUUUCCUUUAUCUGGGCCGAGUGACAGUGUAUCCAGGAAGAGAUUAAAGGCUUUAGGACAUUAUGGAGAAGUGCCAACACCUGUGAAUGUAAGGAAAGCGUUGAAAAAAGGAAAAAUAUGAAAUGGGUGUCAGUAAGUUUGAAAAUGGAGGGGGCGGAGACAGUGUCCACGGGGAAAGUUUUAUAAUAAUUGCUAAAUACUCGCGUCUCCUUUAUCUGAGGCGUGUGGCAGUGCAUGAAGGAAAAGAUGAAUGACUUAAGAACAUUAUCGACGAGUGCCAACACCUGUGAAUAUAAGGAAAGCGUUGAAAAAAGGAAAAAUAUGAAAUGGGUGUCAGAGUUUGAAAAUGGAGGGGCUGAGGCAGUGUCCACGGGGAAAGUUUUAUAAUAAUUGCUAAAUACUCGAGUUCCCAUUAUCUGAGGCGUGUGGCAGUGCAUCGAGGAAGAGAUAAAAAGCUUUAGAACAUUAUGUAAGAGUGCCAGCUCCGUAUAAGGCGAGGAAAGUGUGAGUAAGAGGAAUGGAAUAAGGAAGAAGGCGAGUUGGGAGUAGAAGGAUCAUCAUUGUCAUCUGACGUCAUCCAGCGCAUGAGGAGGUGAUGGCGCUGGUGGUGGUGGUGGCGGCGGUGACGCUGGGGGCGGCGCGCCCCUCCGACACAGUGUUCAGCUACGAGGGCGAGGACCACGAGCACACCCAGAAGGGCGAGACCGGCAAGAAGGUGGAGGGCUCCUACAGCUGGACGUCGCCGGAGGGCUACGAGUACUACGUCAAGUACGUGGCGGACGAGUACGGCUACCGCGUGGUGGACUCCAACGCGCUGCCCGUCAGCUCCUGGGGCGCCGUGCCCGACGGCAACCAGGUCAACUACGACGCCGACCACGCCGACGCCGCCGCGCACUGACCCCCGCCCGCGACGACCCACGACCCGACCAGCCCCGCCCCGACCCUCGACGACCCACCCCCCGUCACGCCCUGUGACGAUGCUUCCUGCCGACGCCCGCGACGACCCACGACCCGACCACUCACUCUCAGCCGCAGUACAGGCCUGGCCCUGGACCCCUCGGUGCCAGGGAGUCAGCAUGGCCGGAGCAAGACCUUGUCCCGGGGCACAGACUAGUGUUCUCGUGCCGCGAUAUACAGUGUCCAAGCCUCCAUGCUGUGUCCCGGGGCGUGGGUGUGGGCGUGGCACGGGUCCAAGCCUGUCAUUGCGGCAGCAGUACACACGUGGCGCACACCGACUGCCUGCCACGUGUGUCCUGGCCCGGCACAAGCACGGCCCUGGAUCACUGCCCCUCUGUGUCCUGGGAGCCUCGCGCGGCGCACCGUAACGCUCUUAACGAAUAAACAGUGCU